CGGUGCCUCUUUUUGAAGCCUAAAGUAUGUGCUUUAAUGCAACUAAACUCAGAUAUCCUCAUUGCAUGUGAAAGGAAACCACAACACUGUCAGCCACGGUCACAGAGGAAGGAGGAGGAUGUGACCAUGAACUGAUCAGAGUCUACCAACACGUAGGUAUGAUUUCACCAUUGUUAGGAUGGAGAAAACGUCUCUACUGUGGCUGCUCUUUCUCACCUCGAUGCUAUGCUGCACAACAAACCAAGCCUCUCUGACUGUAACUCCCAGCAGCUCUCAGUUCUUCAGCUGGACGUUUGUGUCUCUGAGCUGCGAGGAGGAGGACGACGACAGCUCUGCCGGAUGGACUCUGAGGAGGAACACCACCAAAGAACCCAUGACUCAGUGCGACCACUGGGGAAGAUCUGCUGGUUCUUCCUGUGUCAUCAGCCACAUCUUCCCAUUGGACAGCGGAGCUUACUGGUGCGAGUCCAGAGAGGGAGCAACCAGUAACAUCAUCAACAUCACUGUCACUGGUGGACCAGUGAUCCUGGAGAGUCCUGUCCUCCCUGUGAUGGAGGGACAUGAUGUCACCCUGCACUGUAAAACAAAGACGUCCUCCAACCUCCCAGCUACUUUCUAUAAAGAUGGCUCCUCCAUCUGGACUGAGCCUGCAAGUCACAUGAACAUCCGCGGUGCUUCCAGGUCUGAUGAAGGCCUCUACAAGUGCACCAUCAGCGGUGUUGGAGAGUCUCCACCCAGCUGGGUCUCCGUCACAGGUAAACCCACGACCACGGCCUCUCCCCCUGGCACAGACCUGCCCCCGCCCCCGACCUCAGGGCCCCCGACCUCAGAGCCCCCGACCUCAGAGCCCCCGACCUCAGACCACCACUACCUUAUGUUCAGACUGGUCUGCCACCUGGUGGUGUUCUGUCCAUAUUGCAUCUCCACUUUCAUCAUGGUGUCUUUAUAUCGACACAGGCCCACAGGAAAUUACCUACCUGUCUCCAUGGCAACAGCCCCAUCCAACCGAGCUGAAGAGAGCUUGACUGAGGACUGUGAUGACAUUGUGGCGGUGAGCACCGUGCAUCACAUCUGACCUGAACAGAUCGGAGACAGAGUCUAACGUUACAUCAGUUGGAUGAAAUAAUCUGUAAUUUGAAUCGCUCCUUUACUGCAAAACCACAUCCGUCUUUGUAAAUGUGAACAUUUUCAAUAAAGCUUUGUUUGUUU